CUGUGUGGGAAGAACACUUGCACCUUAACACACUCAAGUGUCACAUACUUCCAGCCCCUAUAGUAGGGUAAAUAAACACCACUGUUAUGCGUUAUUAAAUUAGCCGUAAAGCUGACACGGUGGAUGGCCUGCUUUUGUGAAGGGGCGUGUUCUCGCUAUCUCGACCGAAAGCUCCGCUCUGUGUGUAUCUGGCGAGCUGCUAACUAUCUACCCAGGCAAAGACGGCGGUUGUAUUCGAGGCUGUAAAUAGCCGGCCAGCUCCGUCAAAAAACAUCCAAUCUAACUCGUUCUCGAUCCGAAGUUAGGGUGCGGUAAACGCAUCCAAAUUCAUGAGUACGCAGAAGACAUCUGAGGGAAAGAAACUAUGGAAGACUGAAAGAAAGAGGACGUUUUAUCGACGAGUUUUUACCGGCUUUACGGCCAAUCCGCCAGCUUGAAAAGAUUCGGGUUCUCCGAGGACGGUUUUGCGGAGUUUCGGCUGGAAAACAAGGGUCAACAUACGAGGGGUUUUGUGGUCUGAGUGCCCAUGAGAAAACCACGACGGAGGGGAGGCCUGUCUGGGGCCUUAGACAGCCAAAGAAGCGAUGCCACCGAGAGUGCGCCAGCGGAGAAGGUGGCAGCAGAGAGGGGGGCACAGCGGCGGUCACCCUCUCCCUACCGGCUUAAGGUUUCACCCUCCAGAGAAACCCUGACGUACGCCCAAGCACAGAAGAUCGUAGAGGUGGACUUGGAUGGAAGGCUGCACAGGAUCAGCAUCUUUGACCCAUUGACAGUCAUCACCGAAGAUGAAAUGACCGCUCAGGACAUUGCGGAGUGCAACAGCAACAAAGAGAACAGCGAACAGACCCUCGCGACUGCUAUCGUCAGCUCGCCUCGCAGAUCAGCUGCUCACAGAGGCAAAAAGAAGGAUGUGAAGCAGUCCUCUUCGCAAAACCACUGCUCGGGCUCUCACGGACAAUCUCAGUCGCAUUCUCACAGCCACCAUGGCUCCCUACCCGAGCCCACCUUUAGAAUGCUGGAUUCUUACGAACCAACGGAGGCUCCCGCUCGCUCCACGGCUUAUUAUCGCUACAUCGAGAAGUCUGGUGAAGACUUGGACACGGAUGCAGAGUAUGACAUGGAUGAGGAAGACAUGGCCUGGUUGGAGCUGGUGAAUGAUAGGCGAGAUUCCGAAGGCCAGACGGAAGUUUCACCGGAGACGUUCGAGCUCCUGAUAGACCGUCUUGAAAAGGAGUCCUUCCUGGAAUCUCGAAGCCAAGCUCCCUCGCAAAGCGUGAUCGACGAAGAUGCCUUCUGCUGCGUGUGUCUCGACGACGAGUGUCUCAACAGUAAUGUCAUCCUCUUCUGUGACAUCUGUAACCUGGCUGUGCACCAGGAGUGCUAUGGGGUUCCUUACAUCCCAGAGGGUCAGUGGCUCUGCCGCUGUUGCCUGCAAUCGCCCUCCCGCCCUGUGGACUGCGUGCUGUGCCCUAAUCGGGGCGGUGCUUUUAAACAGACCAGCGACGGCCGGUGGGCACACGUGGUCUGUGCCAUUUGGAUCCCCGAGGUGUGUUUUGCCAACACUGUCUUUCUUGAACCUGUCGAGGGCGUGGACAACAUUCCGCCAGCUAGGUGGAAGCUUACGUGCUACCUGUGCAAACAGAAAGGUCGUGGGGCGUCCAUUCAGUGCCACAAGGCCAACUGCUACACGGCUUUUCACGUCACCUGCGCGCAGAGAGCGGGACUUUUUAUGAAAAUAGAACCAGUCCGAGAGACUACCGUCAAUGGGACGACGUUUUCGGUGAAAAAGACGGCGUUUUGCGAGGCACACUCGCCGCCUGCCAAGGACGGGUCAGAUGAUGAAGAAAACGGGGGGAGGGUUUUGGGGUGUAGAGCUAACAGGGGCCGCAGUGCCUACACUCAGACGCCACCGCUGAAAAAGCGUGGAAGCAAUAAACUGGAUUCCAAACAGCAGCAGAAAAAGAAAGGAACGAAAGACGAGGUGUCCAAAAUUGUGGCCACACCUUUGGUCACUGUCCCAGAAAUACCCACUCACAGGUUGAACAAAAUUUCAAAAGAUGUUAUCAUACAGAAGAAGAGUCAGUUCAUGCAGAGACUGCACAACUAUUGGUUACUUAAGCGUCAAUCACGCAACGGAGUGCCUCUCAUUCGUCGUUUACAUUCGCAUCUGCAGGGCCAGAAGAGUCCAGAGCAGGUGGAGCCAGACGAAAAGCUGACCGCUGUAAAACAAGAGCUGAAAUACUGGCAGAAGCUUCGUCAUGAUCUGGAGAGAGCUCGACUCUUGAUAGAGCUCAUACGCAAGAGAGAGAAACUGAAGAGAGAGCAGGUGAAGAUUCAUCAAGCUGUGACUGAGCACCAAUUAAUUCCAGUCCUGGUCCUCCUGCGGUCCACUUUAGACCAGCUUCAGGAGAAAGAUACUGCCAAAAUCUUUGCACAGCCUGUGAACUUGAAAGAGGUACCCGAUUACCUGGAGUUCAUCUCACACCCGAUGGACUUCUCCACUAUAAAAACCAAAAUGGAGGCUCACAUGUAUCGCUCCGUUACUGACCUGGAGGCUGAUUUCAGUCUCAUGAUCUCCAACUGUCUGCUUUACAAUGCUAAAGACACUGCGUUUCACCAAGCUGCAAUACGUCUGAGGGAUCUAGGGGGCGCUAUCCUCAGGCACGCUCAGAGACAAGCCCAAAACACAGGCUUUGAUCUGGACACAGGCAUGCAUCUGCCGGAAUCGCCACACAAAAACAACUACUACCGCUGCACUUUGGAGGACGUUGAUACGCUGCUAGACCCUGAUAAUCGACUGCACAUGACGACUGAAGACCAGCUGAGGGAGUUGCUAGAUAAAUUAGACGUGGUGACGACCAUGCGGCCGGGCGGUGCACGCACUCGUCGCAUACGCCUGCUGCGCAGAGAAAUCAACAGGGUUCGCUACAGGCAACACUCGCGGAACUCACACAUGCUUAAUGGAGACCUCAAAGAGGAAGAUGAGGAGGAAGAUGAAGACAAAGAGACAGAUGGUGAACAUAACCUGUCUGCCUCACUAUUAGACAAAGAUGACCUUAAAUCAACCCCUCCACCCACGUUGGAACCCACAGGCCUGGCCUUGUCUCCUCCCCCAGGAGACACCCCCCGGGAUCCACCCACCCUCCGACCCAUGACGUCCGACCCCAGGACCACCCCAUGCCCACCAAAACGCCUCAGACUCAACAGCGAGAGCCAAGAAGCGGAUUCAAGCGCCACCCCUGUCAACAACCGCACCAAACCCGAAGAUCCUUCGCCUGAUAGCGAGAACAAACUCAUCAACGGCCUGUCCUCCAACGAGUCACCGUCCCGGCCCACGACGGGAGUCGGGCGGCGAACGUCGGUCCUUUUCAAAAAAGCAAAGAACGGAGCGAAGCUCCAACGUGAGAGAGACAAUCAGAUGCAAAAUGGAAACAAGGAAGACGCGCUCAAAUGUGAGACAGUCUCUGCACGCACAACCAACUGCACCAUCAAGAACGAAACUUGGGCCCAGCCAACCCCUCCGCCCAUGUCAACCCCAGCCAAACAGAGAACUAGAAGCAGGAGUCGGAGCCCAGAGCUGGAGAGAACUCCUCCUCGACUCACUCUUGAGCCUGCUCUUACAAACGGAUUCAGAAAGCAAAAAGGCUCCAGUUCUGACUCAGAAUGCAGCACAUCUCCGACACUCAGAGAACUUGUCUCGCCGCCUAAAAAAAGUCGGGGGAAACCUGCACUGUCCAAAGUGCCAUUCUUAGAUACUGUUAACGGAGAUACCGACUACACCGGGACCGAUGUGCUGUCAAAUGGGGACACGCCUGAGCCUGAACCUCUGGAUCUGGUGUGGGCUAAAUGCAGAGGGUAUCCGUCUUACCCCGCUCUGAUCAUAGAUCCAGACAUGCCUCAGGAGGGUCUGUUGCAUAACGGUGUGCCCAUCCCCGUGCCCCCUCUCGAUGUGCUGCGCCUUGGGGAGCAGAGACAGGAAGAGGCUGGCGAGAAACUCUACCUCGUUCUCUUUUUCGACAACAAGCGCACCUGGCAGUGGCUUCCACAAGAUAAGGUACUUCCUCUUGGCGUGGACGACACGGCUGACAAGCUGCGUAUGAUGGAGGGCAAGACGACUAGCAUCCGGAAGUCCGUGCAGGUGGCUUACGACCGAGCUGUGAUUCACCGGAGUCGUGUUCGGGAAGAAAAUGGUUUCGUCGGUUCUAACUUUCUGUAGAGAAGCGCCAAGCACGUCUUUCCUCAUUGACCACUCACACGGGCGUGACCUUAAAAUGACUCUGUGUCGACCAUUAUAACACCAGCCAUUUGGUUACACCACAAUCGAUAAACUAAAAUGCUCCGGAAACUGUAAAGGACAGAACUGUUUGGUAAAGGGCUGAUCUUAGAUUCGGUUUGAGGUUUGUUGAUGGUGGUUUGAGUUUGUGGGGUGAAGACUGCGGUUUCUGUCAAUAAUUUGUGUUUUAUCUGUUUAAACCACCUAGACAUACCGUCUUAGCCUUUGGGUACAUUCAGAGCAAUUCAUGUCUGCAAAUAAUCAUUUUAAAUGAACGAAUGAAUUUAAAUAAUCUAAACGUUUGAAUGAAUCACUGCCAUUUUCUUGUAUUAGCUUUUUAACGUUUUACAAACCACUUGUAUAUUGUAAAGACACUCAUGUAUAUAUGGUUUUUUUAUCAUAUAGUAUCUAAAUUAAUUUUUUCUCCUGUUUAUUGUUAAAUAAAAUGCCUGGGAGGUAUGAAGAAAAAAAGAAGGAUCUGUACAUGCGUGUAAAGAUUUUCAAACGAACAGACUUCUUAGAAAGCAUACCUUGCUGGUGAUAUCAAAGAGUGCGAGUAUGCCCAUAUAUAUGUACAUUACUGGCAUACGUUGAAAGUAUGUAUGUGUAUAUGUACCAACUCGCAAUUGUCUAUGGUUAAAUAUAUAUUCUCAUUUUUUGAUACAAAAAAUGACAUUUAUUUAUGGACCGCAAAGAGUUAAGGAAUUAAAUUAUAUUGGUGAAGAUGGAAAGCAAAUCUCUUAUUUAAGGUAAACUAUUAAAUAGGCUUUUAAGAUCUAACUUCACGUGAGCAUUCAGACUCUUUUGGUUUAGUUCUUUUUAAGGUUUAAGGUGAAAUGCUGGAGAGAUGUAUUGUACACUUGCUGUUCGACAGUACAAAUCGCUUUCACCAUCAAGCACAGAACCUGUAUUUAUUGUAGAAAGUUGUGCAGCUUUGUCACCGUUUAUAAGAUGGAACCUCUACGAGAUUUUAAGCUUGUACAAACUGCAGAUUUUACCGACCCACCUAAUAAUCUGUUCCAACAGUAUUUUCAUGUGGGAGAAAUAAAUGUUCUAUUGAAACUA